CCGCCCUCUUCCCAGCUCCGGCUCCGCCACCAGCUCCGGCCUCGGCUCCCCCUCCCAGAGCCCCCUCCCCGGAGCGGAGCCCACCCGAGGGCCCCUCUCCCGCCCCCCCAAGCCCAGCCACCCGGCCAGAACAUCAGCCCCGGGGGGCAGACCCCUUCCAGCCUGCCUCCCACCAGCCCAGCCCUGCCAGACGCCCCCAAAGCAUGAAUCUCUUCCGAUUCCUGGGAGACCUCUCCCACCUCUUAGCCAUCAUCCUGCUACUGCUCAAAAUCUGGAAGUCCCGCUCUUGUGCCGGGAUUUCAGGGAAGAGCCAGGUCCUGUUUGCUGUGGUGUUCACUGCCCGAUACCUGGACCUCUUCACCAACUACAUCUCACUGUACAACACGUGCAUGAAGGUGGUCUACAUUGCCUGUUCCUUCACCACAGUCUGGAUGAUUUACAGCAAGUUCAAAGCCACUUAUGAUGGGAAUCACGACACAUUCCGGGUGGAGUUCCUUGUUGUUCCCACGGCCAUCCUGGCGUUCCUGGUCAACCAUGACUUCACCCCUCUAGAGAUCCUCUGGACCUUCUCCAUCUACCUGGAGUCGGUAGCCAUCCUGCCCCAGCUGUUCAUGGUGAGCAAGACGGGGGAGGCCGAGACCAUCACCAGCCACUACUUGUUCGCGCUGGGCGUCUACCGCACGCUCUAUCUCUUCAACUGGAUCUGGCGUUACCACUUCGAGGGCUUCUUCGACCUCAUCGCCAUUGUGGCGGGCCUAGUCCAGACUGUCCUCUACUGCGAUUUCUUCUACCUCUACAUCACCAAAGUCCUGAAGGGGAAGAAGCUGAGUUUGCCGGCGUAGCCCUGAGCCCGGCCAUCCCUCUCCUCGGCGGCCCCGCGAGAGGCAGAGGAAGGCAGCGAAAGACAAAGAGCCUUCCCGUCCAGGGGUGACUUUUUAAAGAACCAACCUCUCCACACUCCCCAGCCCCCCUCCUGCCGGGUUUCAGGGGGGCGGUGGAGGACCCAAGUCUUGGGGAGCUCAGGACCUGGGGUGUUUGUAGUUUUUUGCCUUUUAGAGAAGAAGAAAAAAAAAAAUCUUUCCACUAUUUAGUUUUUGAUUCUGAUGACUCCCUUCUCUUCUACUCUCUGGCCCCCCAUUUUUACAAACUGCUUUUGAGUGUCCUGUGGGGUGGGGCAGGGUUGGAGAUCUUUUCCCUCCCCCAAGCCCCUCGGCUUCCUUCCAGAUCCUACCCCCAGCCCGCCAGUUGCCAAACACUAACCUUGCACACACCCACCUGUCUGACCUCCCACCAUGGCCAAGAACACAGCCUCCCCGCCAACGCCCCCCCCCAAGUUCAGGACUGGGGAGAGGGAGGAGGGGAGGAACGGGCUCCCUGAUUUUUCAAGAUAAUUUUUUUCCAGAGUUUGGGUUUUUUGAUCUUGCCCUCAUUUUUUGACAAUUUGGGGGAGGUGGGGGUGAGGGGGCCGGACGUGGCAAAGGGGGUUGGCCUGAGGGUCCCUGUGGCUCAUCAGCCACAUUUUUGUACAGAAUUGAUGGUUGAUUCUUUGUUUUCUUGAAAUAAACCGAGGAAAAUGAUGCCUCUUUCGCUA